UUGUCAACUUCCGAAGAGAAAAUAUACAACAGUGUCUUACCCAUCUCGUUUGUUCUAUUUUCGAUCUAGAAUUUUCGGCUAAAAUUUGGCUUUCAGGCAUUAGUCAUUUCUAGCACAACGUAAUAUUUAAAUUGAACAGCCAUGUGGAGGAUAACAAUGUUGUGUAUCGUGACCAUGGGCAUAGCUACCUCUCACAAGGUUAGCUACAAAGAUUUCAAGCUCUUCAAGAUUGUCCCGAAAACGAAUACGCAUUUGAGGCUACUUCAAGAUUUGAAAAAUGAUACCGCCAAAUAUUGCUUCUGGGAAAUACCAAUUGCGCUAAACAGAGAAGGGUUUCUUAUGGUACCGCCGUACAAUUUGGAACUAUUUUACAAUAUUAUGGACGAUUUCAAAUUGACCUUUGAAGUCAAAAUUGACAAUAUCCAGGAAGUAAUUGACGAUACGAUUCCUCAGACUAAAUCGCAAGGUUUUGAUUUUAAACAAUAUCACACUCUCGAAGAAAUCUACGAUAAUCUGGAAGAGUUGGCCAAGAAGUAUCCCAACAAAGUGCAGGUCGUCGUAGGCGGUAGAACAUAUGAGGGACGCGAGAUCAAAGGCGUAAAGAUAAUCUCUGGUGAAGGGAAACGUGGAAUCUUCAUCGAGGGAGGCAUUCAUGCCAAGGAAUGGAUUUCGCCGGCGACUGUCAUGUAUAUCCUGCAUCAAUUAUUGACUAGUAAUAAUUCGGACGUGAGAGGUGUAGCUGACAGUAAUAAUUGGUUUAUCUUCCCGGUAUUCAAUCCCGACGGAUAUGUGUUCUCACACGUUCAGGAUCGAUUAUGGAAAAAAACUCGCAAAUCGUCCAGUGAUGUCUGCAUUGGAUCGGAUCCCAAUAGGAACUGGGAUUUUCGCUGGAAUACUAUUGGCACCAACAACAAUCCUUGCGAUGAAGAUUAUCCCGGAAGUGAGUCAUUCUCCGAAAUAGAGACGAAAAGCAUGUCUGAAUAUAUCAAAUCCAAUAUCCGUCAUUUCAAAACGUAUGUUGCGUUCCACAGUUUUUCUCAACAAAUACUGUUUCCUAGCAGUCCGGAUUUACCUGACUCAUAUGAUGACUUGCAUGCUUUCGGUACGAUUGCAAUGGAGGAUAUUCGACUAAGAUACAAUACUCAAUAUGAGCGUGGAAGUAUUAGCGAGUUUCAACAGUUGAGUGGUUCUAGCGUCGAUUACAUCUUUCAUGUUCUUCGUAAACCUCAGGUAUAUAUCUAUAAAUUGCGCGAUAAGGGUCAAUAUGGCUUCUUGUUACCACCUGAGCAGAUUAUUCCGACUGGAGAAGAGACUCUAGAUUCUCUUGUAUCUUUACUUGGCUAUAUGAUCUAAUAUUAGAACGAAAAAAAAAGAAAUAUGAGCUAUAUGAUCUAA